CAAAAAGAUCUUUGAAGGAAAUGAAAUAACAGCCAACUUGUGAGAUUAUAAUAGAGAAGCUAUGGUUGUGUUGGUUUGAUACGUUAGCUUUGGAAGGUAGGGAGGGACCUCCAUGAGUGAGAAUGUUGUCAUUGAUCAUUUCUGUUUCCAUUAUCUAACUUAUCUUAAACACUCAGGAGCUGCUCAGGUUUGAUGUAUACUGGGCAACAAUACAGUCCUACAUCCCUGGGAUGAACAGUAAGGAUUCCCCAUAAACAAAGGCAUAGAUAUGGUUCAUCUUUAUUUUUAUAAUGGAUAAAAAUUUUGAGACAUGUGAAGUGUAAUCAUGAGUUUGGACAUGAGUAUUUUGGAUUUGAGAUUUCCUAUUGAUUUGGGCCACAGGUGUUGGUGAUGUUUACGUGUCUGUUUAAUGUCAUUUAAAGAUUCUUAAAUUGCCUUGGAUAUUUGGCAUGAUCAUUUUGCUGUUGUGCAGGCUGAGAGACCCAAUAUGUACCACCCAGAAGAUCUAUGGAUCUGAAGGCAAUUUUCAAGGAAUAAUGGAGUGCUUAUAUACUUUUUCUGCCACAUGGGAUGGAGGCCUCAGUGGCUUUAGAGGAUGUGGCUGUGAACUUCACCCGAGAAGAAUGGGCUUUGCUGGGUCCGUGUCAGAAGAAUCUCUACAAAGAUGUGAUGCAAGAAACCAUCAGGAACCUGGAUUGUGUAGGAAUGAAAUGGAAAGACCAGAACAUUGAAGAUCAGUACAGAUACCCCAGGAAAAAUCUAAGAUGUUAUAUGUUAGAGAGAUUUGGUGAAAGUAAAGAUGGAAGUCAAUGUGGCAAAACAUCUAGCCAGAUUCAGGAUAGUAUUGUGAACAAGAACACUUUUCCUGAAGUAGAUCCAUGUGAAAGCAGUAUGUGUGAAGAAAUCGUCGUGGGUCAUUCAUCCCUUAAUUGCUACAUCAGAGUUGAUGCUGGGCACAAACCACAUGAAUGUGGAGAGAAGCCAGAUACACAUAAACAGUGUAGGAAAGCCUUCAGUUACCACAACUCAUUUCAAACACCUGAAAGUCCUCACACUGGAAAGAAACCAUAUGAUUGUAAAGAAUGUGGGAAAUCCUUCAGUUCUCUGGGAAACCUUCAAAGACACAUGGCAGUGCAGCGUGGAGAUGGACCUUAUAAAUGUAAGUUGUGUGGGAAAGCCUUUUUCUGGCCCAGUUUAUUAAAUGUGCAUGAAAGAACGCACACUGGAGAGAAACCGUAUGAAUGUAAGCAGUGUUCUAAAGCCUUUUCUUUUUACAGUUCCUAUCUAAGACAUGAAAGAACGCAUACUGGGGAGAAACCAUAUGAAUGUAAGCAGUGUUCUAAAGCCUUCCCUGAUUACAGCUCUUGUCUAAGACAUGAAAGAACUCACACUGGAGAGAAACCCUAUACAUGUAAACAAUGUGGGAAAGCCUUCAGUGCUUCCACUUCCCUUCGAAGACACGAAACAACUCACACUGGAGAGAAACCCUAUGCGUGUAAGCAAUGUGGGAAGGCAUUUCAUCAUCUGGGAAGCUUUCAAAGACACAUGAUAACACACACUAGAGAUGGACCUCAUAAAUGUAAGGUAUGUGGGAAAGGUUUUGAUUGUCCCAGUUCACUGCAAAGUCAUGAAAGAACUCACACUGGAGAGAAGCUCUAUGAAUGCAAGCAGUGUGGGAAAGCAUUAUCUCAUAGCUCAAGCUUUCGAAGACACAUGACAAUGCACACUGGAGAUGGACCUCAUAAAUGCAAGGUAUGUGGGAAAGCCUUUGUUUAUCCCAGUGUAUUUCUAAGACAUGAAAGGACUCACACUGCAGAGAAACCCUAUAAAUGUAAACAAUGUGGCAAAGCCUACCGUAUUUCCAGUUCCCUUCGAAGACAUGAAACAACUCAUACUGGAGAGAAACCCUAUAAAUGCAAAUGUGGGAAAGGCUUUAUUGAUUUCUAUUCCUUUCAAAAUCACAAAACAACUCAUGCUGGAGAGAAGCCAUAUGCAUGUAAGGAAUGUGGGAAAGCAUUCAGUUGUUACCAAUACCUUUCUCAACAUAAAAGGACUCACACAGGAGAGAAACCUUAUGAGUGUCAAACAUGUAGGAAAGCCUUCAGUCAUUUUGGUAACUUAAAAGUCCAUGAAAGAAUUCACUCUGGAGAGAAGCCAUAUGAAUGUAAGGAAUGUGGGAAAGCAUUCUCUUGGCUCACUUGCUUUCUACGACAUGAAAGAAUUCACAUGAGAGAGAAAUCCUAUGAAUGUAAACAAUGUGGUAAAGCCUUCACUCAUUCUCGUUUCCUUCAAGGACAUGAAAAAACUCACACUGGAGAGAACCCUUAUGAAUGUAAGGAAUGCGGGAAAGCAUUUGCUUCUCUCAAUUCCUUGCAUAGACAUAAAAAGACUCACUGGAAAGAUACUCUGUAAAUGUAUGGAAUGUGGGAAAGCAUUUAUUUAUUUUAUUUCAGAAAUUUGGAAGAAACACAUUGGAGAUAAACCCUGUGAAUGUAAGCACUUUGGGAAAGCCUUAAGUAGUUUCAGUUUCUUUCGAAUACAGUUAUCCUUUGAUACAUGCUGGGUAUUGGUUCCAGCACUCUGUGAGCCAUUUCAAGUCCCUUUUAUAAAAUGAAAUAUUUGUAUGUAACCUACCCACAUCCUCUUGUAUACUCUCAAUCAUGUCUAGAUUACUUAAAAUACCUCAUGCAUUGUAAAAGCUAUGCAAAUAGUUGUUCUAUUGUAUUGUUUAGGGAAUCGUGAUAAGGAAAAGAGUCUAUGUACUUCAGUACAGAUGCAGUAAUUGUGAGCCUGUCGACAUAGUAUGUGUCAGCCAGACCAUUAAAGUUUCUUUCAGCCCUCACA